AUGGCACCGCAGGCGGCGUGCGUGCACGAGGGCGGCGGCGUCGAGCGCCGAGCAGCACACCACGAGCGCGAGCGGCAGCGCAGACAACGCGAGGCAGCGGGCGGCACGACCGAGCCGGCGGCGGAGGAGGCGAUGGACGUCGAGGCGGUGAGCGCCGCGGACGUGCUGGCCGGCGUGGAGGAGAGCGGCCCGAACUACGCCCUUCCGACGGCGAGGGAGGGCCAGAGGGAGCGGCGGGAGCGGCUGCGGGUGGACGAGACGGCGAAGCAGGCGGGGCACACCAUCGUGGAGACGGGAACGCACGUCGAGAUCCUGGGCGAGCAGGGCUUGUGGAAGGCGUAA